GAAAACUCGUAAAAAACAAAGACAAUCUCUGUGUUUGCUAAAUUUCUUCCCAAAUCCAGGUUUAGGGUUUUAGGCAUUCGAAUUCUACUCCUCUCGAUCUCCUAUCAGAUCUUCCAACUCAUCGAUCAGCUCACAAAUCAUGGCAAAAGAAAAUUCCAACGAUGCUUCUUCAUCCAAGAAGAGAAAGGGUUUGGAGAUCGAGGGUUACCCAAUCGAAGGGCUUUCGAUUGGAGGGCAAGAGACUUGCGUCAUAUUCCCAACGAUGAAGAUGGCGUUCGACAUCGGACGAUGCCCUCAGCGAGCCAUUGCCCAGGAUUUCCUCUUCAUCUCUCAUGCUCACAUGGAUCACAUUGGAGGCCUGCCCAUGUAUGUUGCUACCCGAGGCUUGUACAGCAUGAAACCUCCAACUAUUUUCGUUCCAAUAUCUAUAAAGGAGAUAGUAGAAAAGCUUUUUGAGGUGCACAGAGCAAUGGACCAAUCUGAAUUAAAGCACAAUCUUGUAGGCUUGAAUGUAGGAGAAGAGUUUCAGAUAAGAAAGGACCUUAAGGUGAAAGCUUUUAGAACUUAUCAUGCUAUUCCUAGUCAGGGUUAUGUCAUAUAUUCUGUGAAGCAGAAACUUAAGCAGGAAUAUGUUGGUCUUUCUGGCAAUGAAAUCAAGAACUUAAGAUUGUCAGGUGUGGAGAUUACUUACACUGUCACAUCACCUGAAAUUGCUUUUACGGGAGACACAAAGUCAGAUUUUAUUGUUGACCCAGACAAUACUGAUGCUUUAAAAGCGAGGAUUCUCGUCAUGGAGAGUACUUUUGUUGAUGAUGCAAUGUCAAUACAGCAUGCAAGAGAUUUUGGUCACACCCACUUGUUUGAGAUUGUGAACUAUGGUGAUUUGUUUCAAAAUAGAGCUAUCCUUCUUAUCCAUUUUUCAGCUCGAUACCGACUGGACGAAAUUGAGGCAGCUAUCUCUAAGCUUCCUCCAUCUUUAUCCAGUCGAGUUUUUGCUCUAACAGAAGGCUUCUGAUGCGAAGCAAUCCAUGGUUGUAUCAUGCGAAGAGCCAUAAUAUGGAAUUAGCAAUUCCUUGCGCCCUCAUGUAAACCAAUUCUAAAUUGUUGAAUUCUGGACUAGCAAUGAACAAACAGUACUUAUCUAUAUAUUAUAUAUACAAGAUGGUGUACUAAAUUAUGAUAAGUUUGAGAAAUAUACAACUUA